UGCGGUGCCACACGACAGAUAUAGGACGAAUGAUCCUUUGUCUCCCCCCUGCUUUGUGUCCUUUGCGGCUGGUAACCUCUCCUUCCUGCAAGAAUUUUCGGUUUGACAUCAGAAAUAUAGACUCAGACUACAGAUAAAAUGGAUCAGACAACACUCAAAGACCAUCUUCGACGAGGAAAAUUAGGAUUUAUUGGAGCCGGCAAAAUGGCUCAAGCCAUUGCAGAUGGCUUAGUUAGUAAAGGUUUAAUUUCUCCUAGUGCUAUUUUUGCUUCUGCUCCUUCUGACAGUAAUUUGAAGUCUUGGAGAGACAAACAGAUGAACACGACACAUUCUAAUGAUGAAAUUGUUAAAAACUGUGGUACUAUAUUCUUGGCUGUCAAACCACAAUAUUUGAAUGAUGCACUUAGUCAAAUAUCUGCUUCCAAAGAACUCUCAAUGGAUCGUCUUUUUGUCUCAGUAAUUGCGGGUAUUUCUACAAAGUCUCUUGAAGAGAUUGUCUGUAGACUGAUCCCAUCAUCCCGAGUUAUAAGAGUAAUGCCAAACACCCCGAUGCUUGUUGGAUCUGGGUGCUCAGUUUUCUGUGCAGGAAGCACUACUAUCAAACAAGAUAUUCUUCUUGUGAAUGCAAUGUUGUCUGAGCUUGGUUUGUGUGUAGAGGUAAAGGAAAGUUUGAUUGGUCCCGCUGGGGCUCUUUCUGGGUGUGGGCCAGCUUUUAUGUACUUACUAAUAGAGGGCUUAGCUGAUGGUGGUGUAAAGAUGGGAGUACCGCGAGAUCUCGCUCAACUCCUUGCUGCUCAUACUAUGGCAGGUGCAGCUCAAAUGGUUCUGCAGACAGGACGCCAUCCAGGUCAGCUCAAAGAUGAGGUUUGCUCACCAGGGGGAAGUACCAUUGCAGGUGUCAGAGCAUUAGAAGACCGCGCCGUCAGAUCUGCAAUGAUGGCUGCAGUGGAAGCAGCUACACUUAGAAGCGCAGAACUUGGGAAUAAGUAAUUGGUACUAUUCCAGCUUGCAAAAGUUUUCAAUACCAGUCCCUUGGACACCUGAUGUUGACUUAAAGGUUUUACUUUCUGUACAUUACAUUCCAACAAUUACUUCUUAUCAGAGAAUCUCACCAGCAAGAUUUUUAUCACUUAUAAUGUAUUGAUGUGUGUUCCAAAUUCAAUGACAAUAAAUCUCACAUUUCAGAUCUGA